AUGUACCGCCCAGGCUUUCGAGUCUUCGAGUCCGCUUUCAGAGCAUUUAGAAGUCCUGCGCACCACCGGCCGACCAAACCGCAUUCACAGUUCCGCGCAUACCGAGAAGUCCGCUUCGGCGACCGGCGCCCGCAAUACCGCCGCUUCCAGUUCGCAUCCAACAUAUUCAUGAGAUGGGCUGCACGCCCGACGUUCUAUCGCGACGUGGGCUUGAUAAGUCUAGGUUCUGGAGGCUUCUACUUGUAUAACCUGGAGGAAGUGCCGAUCUCAGGUCGCCGCCGCUUCAACAUCAUCAGUCCGCAGAUUGAAGCUCGAAUAGGCGCCGAAACGGUUGGCCAAGUACAGCAGGAAUAUGAGGGACGGAUACUACCGGACUGGGACCCGCGCGUGCUGAGGGUGAAAAAGGUGCUUGGGCGGUUGAUACCAUAUGCGACGGCUGCGGGACUGCACGAUGUGAACUGGGAAGUACAUGUCAUUGAUAGUCCGGAGCAAAAUGCGUUUGUUGCACCGGGUGGGAAAGUCUUCGUCUUUACUGGCAUCCUACCACUAUGUCAAGACGAAAACGGCAUUGCUGCAGUGCUGGGUCACGAGAUCGCUCACGUCGUAGCGCACCAUACAGCGGAGAAGUUGAGCCAGGCACCAUUGGUCUUCCUAGGCGCCGAAGCCGAUCAAAUCGGUCUCAUGAUGAUGGCACAAGCCUGCUAUCGACCCGAGGCUGCCAUGGAGUUCUGGCACCGUAUGGAGUCUACUGGAGGAGCAGGCCCUCCGGAGUUACUCUCUACUCACCCGUCACACCACAACCGGGAAGAGAAGAUACGUGAAUGGUUACCUAAAGCUCACGAACAGGCUGAAAUGUCCGAGUGCCAUGCUACGUCUGUGUACUGUAAGUCCGGAAUGUCCAGAGAGUGA